GCAUUUUGCCAAACCAACGAGCCUCCAAGAGAAAAAGAAGGCGCCGCACCAAUCGCCGCCCCAGUCCCAGGCUCCGGCGCUCGUGUUCCAAACGGCCGUGCUCCCGUUCCACCCACCCCCAUCCCUCCUCCACUCACCCGGCCUCCGUCCGAUCCGCCCACGCAGCCGUGUCGGCCUCGUGCGCAACGAAGACCGGCCGGCCGGCUCACCCGCCCUCCCGCCCGCCGCCAUGCCUGGCUCGCCCAAGGUCUUCUUUGCUUCCUCCGCCUCGCGCCGCUCCGGGGCACUGCGCCGGCUGCUCUCCUCGCCGGCCUUCUCUGCGGCCUGCCUCUUCUUCGGCCUCGCCGGCUUUCUCGCCGCCACGCUCACCCUCUCGCGCUCCCCGUCCAUCACUCACAGCCGCUGCCCCGACUCCUCGCGCCCGCUCUCCGUCUCCGUCGCGUGGGACCGUCGUCCAGGGGAUGGCUCCGCCGCGGGCUCCGCGGAGCUCCCGGCCUCGCUCGCCACCGGAUCGCGCGGCCGUCACAAGGUGGCCUUCGUCGGGAUCUUCACCGGGUUUGGCUCCAUCGGCCGCCGCCGCGCGCUGCGCCGGACGUGGCUCCCCGCGGAUCGCCAGGGUCUACUUCGACUGGAGGAAGCCACUGGUCUGGCAUUCCGGUUUGUGAUUGGGAAAAGCAAUUCAAAGAACAAGAUGGCCGCUCUUAACAGAGAAGUUGAAGAAUAUGAUGAUUUUGUGCUUUUAGAUCUCGAGGAGGAGUAUAGCAGGCUCCCAUACAAAACGUUAGCUUUCUUUAAGGCGGCCUAUGCAUUGUAUGAUUCUGAUUUCUAUGUUAAAGCGGACGAUGACAUUUACUUGAGACCAGAUAGACUUUCCUUACUUUUGGCUAAAGAGCGGUCACAUCCACAAACAUACAUUGGAUGCAUGAAGAAGGGGCCUGUUUUUACUGAUCCUAAAUUGAAAUGGUAUGAGCCCCAAUCCUUUUUACUCGGAUCAGAAUACUUCCUUCAUGCGUAUGGGCCAAUUUAUGCUUUAUCAGCUGACGUGGUGGCUAGCUUGGUUGCAUUGCGAAACAACAGUUUCCGUAUGUUCAGCAACGAGGACGUUACAAUUGGAUCGUGGAUGCUUGCUAUGAACGUCAACCAUGAGAACACACAUGCACUUUGUGAACCUGACUGCACGGAGUCUUCAAUUGCUGUUUGGGACAUCCCAAAAUGCUCAGGUCUAUGCCACCCAGAGGUAAAAAUGCUAGAGCUCCAUGAAAGAAAAGAAUGCACAGGUGGUCCAACUGUGGCAGCUGAGGUGUCCGAGUCUGAGGAUUGAUGAUUCUUGGUUGGGGGACAAACUACGGAUCUGAUAGUUGACCUGUGUCCUCACCCAAUAGAUGUGUUUGGAGUAUUCAUUUGAUUCAUCAGGCGCAAUCAUUGCGGGAGCACUGCUCAAGGAACCUAUAGUUGGCUGGCGUCGUAACCUAGCGCUGUAGCAAAGGCAUUCUCAUUCAGCAUUCUUGUCACAGCAGCCUUCAUUGCUUCUCUUGCAAUUGGAACCGUGGUCGACGUCUGGAACGUUCAAUCCUGUAUCGUAGCAGAAAUUAAAGGAGUUUUGUUGUAUAGAAAUUAGAAGGAAAGAAUGCAUUGGCAAUUAAUUGAUAAGACCAUGCGUACACCUGAUGCUGUGGCUGAUUGAGAUUAGGGAUAUUCCUUGAGGUUCUCUUUUUGGAGUAAAUUAUUUUCU